UUUUAAUUGAUUUAGUUGUAAUUCGUCUUCAAUUCUAUUUCAUUUUCAUUUUCAUUCUGCGUUCCAUGUCACUGUCGUUGGAAACACAAAAUUCAAUACCCCAACUGGUUGUUAUAAUUAACACAUGUUUUGUUUGCUCACAAACCUACAGCACCGUACAAAAAUUACAGGAUCAUCUUUUGAAGUACCAAAUCAAAGCGAAAAAACGACCAAAAAAUGUUAAACGACCAAAGGAUAGCAGUGUUUGCAUUAUACAGAGCGACGAUGAUCAUCAGCAGAUUGAAAAACACUUUGGCUGCCCUUCAUGCUUUGAACAUUUCAAGGAGUUGAAACAAUUAGAAAAUCAUUUUCGUAAACAUCAUUCUGAAUGUAUGCCUCAACUACCAACGCAACAAGCAAAUGAAACUGAAGAGUCCCAGCCAGAAGUAGAUAGUGAUGACGAAUCUCAAGCAUACGGAAAACGAAGUGCGUCGGAAAGUUCAAGCUUGGAUUCGAAAGCAGAAUUAAUGAACCCAUCGUGUCUCUCAUUUGUUCUUCCAUCCGCCAAUGAUCGUCUCGUUAUUGAUCGUUUUGAUGUCUCAGCUGCAUUUUAUAACUUUCAGCAGUCAAUUUUGACUCACAAAUGGAAACUCUCUCUUGAGGAUCAUAUUCAUUGUGCCAUGGCUUCAACUUCAAUCUUACUCUUAGCACCCAAUCGAUACCCAGCUGACUUAUUACCAUUUUUUGACGAGCAACAAAUUAACUCAACAAUUGGUCAUAUUGAAUUAAAGUAUGGUUUGAAGAAGCCAACAAUGGACGUUGAUUUGGUAACGAAAGCGGUAAAGAUAUUGCAAGAUGUGAUCUCGAGAACGAUAUCAAGGGAAACAGCUGAGAUCAACUUGUUGACAUUAGAAGCUGGUGAAAAAGAGCACAAAUUUUUCAAAGCGAUUGCGGCGUUGGUGAAGAAAUUGCCUAGAGUAUCAAUUCAAGAAGAAGUAAAGGAAUUGGAGCUUUGUUCCCGUUUUGUUGACCCCUUUUUAUGCGAGUUAUUCGACGAUCCAGAUGCUGGAACUUUUUUCAGGUGGACAAAUGAAUUGACAGUUGAAUCAAAAAAGAACCAAAGUUCGUUAAACUGGAGACCGGACAUCGCCAUAACAAGACUACAGGGUGUUAGGUGGAGAUACAAUCUUGGUUUUGGUGAGGCGAAGCCAGCUCAGCCAUAUUCCAACCACUUUGCGAUUUGUAAAGAUCUUUUACGUGUGGGUGUUUUCUGUAAAAACUCAAUUGAUUCACAGAACAUGGAUGGUGUGAUGGGGUUACAAAUUGUUGGAAGAACUAUAACAUUUUACGUUAUGGUUUUACCUGCCACUGGCAUCUACGGAAUGUAUGAAUUAGGGGAAAUUCAAGUCCCCAGUUCCGUAGCCGAUAUCCCAAAGCUCUUAAUGGAUAUGGCUACGGUUUCAUAUAUUCUUGAUGUCUUUGGCAGGGUAUGCGUUCCUGCAGUCACUCCCAUCACUACAAACAAACGCCAGCAACCAUUAUUGAUGAGAUUUUGACCCAAAUUUUCUCAAGUACUCAAAGUAGAAAACGCCCCUGUCACUUGAAACAUCACUCUACAGUUAUUUGCUGUAACUGUUUUUGCUGCUUCUUCAAUUCUAUCAGCAAUCAUUUCGCUCUUUCCAAGUGGAGUUUUGCGAACUACUGACUUGAUUUUUGCCCAGCAUUCUUCAAUAGGAUUCAGCAUUGGCGAAUAGGGGGGUAAAAAUAAAGCAUAAUGUCCACUAUCCCUUAUU